AUGGCUAAGACGGCUAAGCCUGCGACCUCCAAGGGCAAGUUUGCUGCAAAAGCAGUGAAGAAGGAGCCCAAGGCCGCUGCCAAGGGGACGGCCAAGGCGCCCACACCCAAGUCGCAAGCAGUGAAGACUGAGCCAACAGAAGCAGUGGGCAAGAUCGGCAUGGAGAGAGGCCAGCUGUCGGGACUGCUGACCUCGCUGUCCUACCAGUGCAAGGCCAAGAAAGCCACCCCCGAGCACAGAGCAGCAGCAGCGAAGAUCCUCAGCGACUACAAGGCAGCAGACGUGAGUGGCAAGAGCAAGAUCUUGGAGAAGCCUGUGCAGAGUGGCAUGCACUGCUUGGACUGGGCCAACGAGCUGACGAAGAACACGGAGGUUCAACACGAGGAAGCGAAUGAGUUUGUGAAAGGCUUCAUGACCCGGUCCAAAAUCCUGGAGCUCAAUGGCCUGAACGAAAGCAACCUUUCAGAGCAGGUGGCAGCCGACACCUUGCAGGACCUCCUGAGAGAGUCCGAGGAAAGGUUCAAGCACACCAGGCAAGAGCAGCCGCACAAGAACAAACUCCUGCAUCGCUACUUUUACAAGAUGCAGAAGGAGAGCACAGAGAGAGACUCUGCCACCGACACGACUCGGCACAGUCAGACGGGAACCAUGGAUGGUGGAAGCUUGGGCUCGUUGAUGGAUGCCUUCGGCAGUGGCGCCGCUUCCAGCAUUGAGGUGGACAUGAAGGGUGCCUUCAACAAGAACGUUCUUGAAAUUGCUGCCUCGCCUGCGAACCCACGAAGAACGUGGUCGUACCGGGACGAAUCGUUUGGGCACACAUUGUCGAAGCUUGCUGUUCGCAGGGGCGGGGAGUUCAGCAUGCUCGGAGUUUCAAGGGCAAUGUUGCAGAAGUUUGCAGCAAGCAAUCCAAAACCACCACUUUUGCGAGCCAGCUCAGUCAAAAAAAGGCUUCAGACCGUGCUUUAUUAG